AUAAAAAAGCGCGUUGGCCAAUGGAAUAAAUUAAAUUUACAAUAAGCUUAUUGGAAUAAGCAUCUCUAUCUUCUAACUUUUCCUUCGACAGCUGGUUGCAAGUAUUAGCAAAUAAAUCUUCAUAUCUUUUGAAGAACAUAAGAAGCUUCCAUCUAUUGAUGAAUUCAGCUGAGGCAAUUGAAAGUAAAGAAACUGCAAAUCCAAACAUGGAAGACAAGAAAAGAGCAACAAGAAGGAAAAACUGCAGUUUUGCAUGUAGCAUUCAUCAACAUGUAAAAUUGGGUCCUAAACUAUCUGAGACUCUAAAGGGUAAGAUGAGUUUGGGUGCAAGGAUAAUACAAGAAGGUGGAAGAGGAAACAUUUUCAAACAUAUUUUUGGUAUGCAAGAAGGAGAGAAAUUGUUGAAAGCUUCACAAUGCUAUUUAUACACAACAGCUGGUCCUAUUGCUGGAGUUCUCUUUAUUUCCACCAAAAAGGUUACAUUUUGUAGUGAAAGACCAAUAAGCUAUUCUUCUCCAGAAGCCCAAGAGUCGGUUAAGGUACCUUAUAAGGUUUUGAUACCAAUUGGGAAGAUAAAAGAAGUCAAUGAAGGGCAGAAUGUGAAUGAGAAAAAACAAAAGUAUAUAGAAAUUGUCACUAAGGAUGAUUCUGAAUUUUGGUUUAUGGGAUUCUUACGAUAUGAGAAAGCUUUUAGGAAUCUUGAGAAAGCUAUUUCUAUGUCUAUUUAGUCUCACUGUACAUUGUUUAAUUUUUCUUAUGUUUGAGAUGUACUUAGGUGUUUGACAUAAUUAAGGACAAGUUUUGUUUUGUAAAUGAGAUUUUUCAUGCCAAGUUAAUAUAAUUAUAGUUGUCGACUUGUCGUUCAAUUCUCAA